UUUUUAUCACAUUAAAAUGUUCAAAAUUGCUGAAAAAACGUAAAAAUGUUAAUUAAUUGACCGUUGAAAUAACAGAGAAUGACAGAAAUGUGAUUAUUCUGGAGAAAAUUAUGAAAAUACAAGAUGGAUUGGUCAAUAUUUCUGUUUUCACGGUUUUGAAAAUUAUCCUUUUUCAAUUUUAACGCCAAAAAACGCAAGAUUGUGAUGAAAUUUACGCCAAAUACCCUAUAAAAACAUGAUCGAUUAUUUUUUUCAAAAUAAUCGAUUAAUCGAUUAAUCGGAAGAAGAAAAAAUAAUCGCCAAACGAUUAUUUUUCAGGCCGAUUAAUCGAUUAUUCGAUUAAUCGAUUAAUAAUCGGCCCAUCACUAGCUCCCGAUAAAUAACGAAGGGCAAGGAAUUUCGAAGACAUGUGUUGUAAAAUGAUAUCGUUGAUUGUACCUACCGAGUGCUUCGUGUCAGAAUAUCCAUGCAAUAAACGGUUACGAAUUUAUUGGUUAUGUGAAGUAUUCAGCCUGUAAAUGAAGAAAUCCAAGCUGGAAUUAUGCCUCUUAAAUGUGACGUCUUUAAAGAAGAGCCGCGUGAUGUUUCAAUGGAUAAGGAAAAGAGUUUCAAACACAUCAAAACCGAACCUGUCGAUGUAGGUCAAGAUAUUACAAAUAAUAACUUCGUUGGUGUCCCGCACGAUUCAGUUUUCAUUUCACAACACCUAAAACCUGAAGGUACCGAUGAUAAGACAACAAUUCCUUAUCUUCAUGUUCCGGAAGGUUCAGAUCUCAUUUCAAGAUCAACUAAUCACGAAGAUGUAACUCGACAGAUGAAACAUAAGGAUGUACGCGAUGAAAAUGACAAUUGCUGUUUUCUUCUUGAUCAGCGAGUUUCUGAUUCUGUCCCAAAAUUUGUCAGUAACAAAGCAACGCUUAAAGAAUCGAAUUCCUCAAACGACGGUGACAUAAAAUUGAAUAUUGAAGAAGUAAAUCCAGUUUUAUUCGCUGACCUUAGAAGGUUUUGUUGCGAUUAUUGUAAACGCAAAUUCAAAAGAAAAGCUCACCUGAAAUUACAUUUGCGUAUACAUACCGGAGAAAAACCUUACAAAUGUGAUGAAUGCGAUGCGAAAUUCGCUUACCGUUCAGUUUUACGUUAUCAUAAGUAUAUUCAUAGCGGUGAAAAGCCGUUUGAAUGUGACAUUUGUGGAGCUAGGUUCACGAAGAAGUUUAAUCUUGAAAGCCAUCAGUCUCGAAAGCACACUAGAGGAGCGAAAGUUGAGCCAGUGGAGAAAAAAUUCAAUUGUAAUAUGUGUAAAUCAAAAUUCGUUCGUCUCUCUGCUCUGAAACUUCACGAACGGAAACAUUCAUCGGACAGACCAUUCAAAUGUACUUCCUGCGAGAAAAAAUUCAAGUAUAACCAUGUGUUGAAGAAACAUUUGAAAAUUCAUGCUGUGAAAAAUUCCUUUAAAAAGGAGUGUGAUAUUUCUUGAUCGAAUAAUCUAUUUUAAGUGAUAGAUAUGCCGUUUUAUGAAUGUGGCAUUGAACGUCUUUUAUUUCCCAAAAGUUCGCAAAAACGUGACGAUUACGCUUGUUUAUUUUAGUUAUGUACCUAUUAAUUAAUUGAAAUGCUCGUGACUUUAAGUUUAAAAUGAGAGUAUUCAUUUUUCAUGCAGACUUCGGUAUUUUGUAUAAUUUUCAUUCAUACUUAUAUCGAAUACAAUUUUUCGUUUGCGA